UCACCGGUUCCUACUUAACUCUCGAUCGUUCUUGAUCCUUUCAUUGACAAAAGCUGCAGUACGUGACAGGGAGAUUAUCCAAGUCAUUUGUACCGCAACAUGAUGCUGAAAAGCAUGAGGCAGUUAACAUCCUCUAGCAGACGGCUCAGAGAUGGGGGUGGAAGUUGCCGUAAAAGAAGCAAGCAAUUAAAACGGCUGUCAGAGCUGGAAUGAGAGAGAACUGUGGUGAAAGGUUUUUCACUCGGCAACACAGAUGUUGUCUCAGGAGGCACCACAGUGCGAUGGUGGUCAAGAAGAAAACGAUCAAGAAGAAAACGAGCGAAGGAACUUUGUGGAGUCCUUCCAGCAGUGCUGCCCGCCCGGUGGCGAGUCAAGCGUUGUUCUCUACUGCACCAGCCUGAGGGGUAUUCGAAAGACGUACGAGGACUGCCGGAGCAUGCAGAUGCUCUUCCGGACGCUGGGCAUCAACAUCGACGAGAGAGACGUGUCAAUGCACUCGGGCUUCCGGACGGAGCUGCGGCAACUCCUGGGUGCUCCGGUGGGCCUGCCGCGGGUGUUCAUCGCGGGGAGAUUCAUCGGUGGUGCCGAGGAAGUGAGAUCGAUGCACGAGCAGGGAAAUCUGGCGAGGCUGCUCCAGGGGAUGGUCUCCCGGCAUGGAUCGUUCCUGGCCUGCGACGGGUGUGGUGGGAUGAGGUUCGUUCCGUGCCGCUGGUGCCGUGGAAGCUGCAAGCUUUUCCUGGUGGGAGGCGGCGGUGUGAAGAAAUGCCCGCAUUGCAACGAGAACGGCAUAGUUCGCUGCCCGAUUUGCUCGUCGCCUAAAGCGGUGACACUUCACAUUAACGCGAGCCACAGAGAACUGUAUCCAGGUACACUGCCAUGAGUUGGUAUUGUUUCACGUUUUCUUGUUCCAAGUCUUCCAGUAGAAUCAUGAAAAGCAGCGUUUUUGGCACUGAAAGUCCAGGUCUACACCUAGUCGUUUGCGUCGUUUUCUUCGUGGUCGUGAGUCCGUGCUUAGAGAUUCCCGGCGUGCUCUCAGGAUCGAGUCAACCAUGGAUCGAUUGAUCGAUUGAUCGAUGCUUCUUCCAGCAAUUCUCUCCAACGUGAAAGGGAUAAGUUCCAAUCCUCUCCAUGAAGCUAGAAAGCUCUACAUGAAAGCUAAAUCCAGAGCAUCAAUAUCAAUGCUUCUUCUCAGCUUGAAGAUGAUCCAAUGAGUUCCAAUCCUCUCCAGCUAAAAAGCUCUCCAUGAAAGUCAAAGAGCCUGGAUCGACAAAGAGUUUCUCCUUUUCCUUUGUAGGCUCGAUGAAACGAAGAGGGAAUUAAGCUAGAGGGAGGGGAAAUGAAACUUUUGCUUUGUUCA